AUGGGUGUAGUGAAGGGUGUCAUAUUGGAUGAAUCAGUAGUCUUGGAUGGAGAAAAUGAUGAUAAAAAUGUAUCAUCACUACGGCCAGGAGUUGAAUCUCUCAUCAAAACACUCUUCUUAUCUGGAACGCGUAUUGGAAUUGCUUAUAGUGUUGAUCUUUCCAACGAUAGGGUUAGUAUUUUGAAAAGAAUAGCUACUUUAUACUCACUUCAUUGGUUUAUCUUAAAUGAUCCUGUAAAUGAAGUUGUUUUGCCUGAAUGGUGUAAUGUUGAGAAUGAGAGUGUUAUUUAUCUGGUUUCUAGCAAGAAGGACUUGUUAUUACCUAAAUUAAGAAGCUAUAAUUGGUUGGUUGCUGUUCUGAAUGUUGGAGGUGAAACUGAAUCCGACACUCCAAAUAUUGAUGAUUUAGCAGAGUUGCCAUUGACCAUUUGCCGGUUGAAUAAAAGGUUAACCGGAAGCAAUUUGUUGACUGUGGCUUAUACAAUGAAGCCUUCUCGUGUUGAUGAUUUUGCCAAGAGGGGUGCGUUUCCUUUGUGUCCUACAGAAAAUGGUUUAAUGUUUGUGCCUCUUAUGGCCACACUUCCUUUGGCGUCUCAGUUAAAGGAUGUUGAUAUUGUCCUUCAUAAAGCCACAGAUGAAAUUUUAUCUGUUGAAGAGAAUAAACUUACGUUUACACAAAACAUGCAAGAACUACAAAGGUAUUUGGAUCAGAAUCAGGAUUUCUGUGUGGUUGAUCCGUUGGUUAACAUUUAUCCUAUAUUGUAUCGGCUAGAAAUUCAAAAAGUUUUACUUGGCUUGUUAGAACUGAAUACCGGAGGUAGCUGUUUGAUAAGAGGGGCCCAUUUUCUGAAGGUUGAUAGUUUUAGCCAAGUUAAUUUUGCAUAUGAAUUAGCUGAAGCUGGAUUGUCUCUUCCAUGUAUAGUGAAACCUAAUGUUGCUUGUGGUGUCAGUGAUGCUCAUAAGAUGGCAAUAGUUUUCAGAGUUGAAGAUUUUAAGAGGAUAAACGUUCCUCUACCAGCUGUUAUUCAGGAAUAUGUGGAUCAUUCGUCUACUUUAUACAAAUUUUAUGUCUUGGGUGAGAAAGUUUUCUAUGCUGUCAAAAAGUCGAUACCAAAUGCUGAUAUUUUGAUGAAAUUAUCUAGUGGUAAUAAUCUCAAACCUCUAGAGUUUGAUAGUUUGAAAUCUCUACCCACUGCCGAAAGCACCACCGUGGCUUCUGGUGCCAGUAACAAACCUAUUGACCUUAAGCUGGUUACGGAUGCUGCAAAUUGGCUUAGGAAAAGGCUUUGUCUCACAAUCUUUGGUUUUGAUGUUGUUAUUCAGGAAGGAACUCAUGAUCAUGUAAUUGUGGAUGUAAACUACCUCCCAUCGUUUAAGGAAGUACCUGAUGACAUCUCUAUCCCUUCCUUCUGGGCAGCCAUUAAAAAUAAGUUUGACGGUAUGGUUUCUAAACAAGCACGUGCUUGA